AUGGGAAGAAUUGUCUCCCCGCCUGGCACCACCCUGCACUGCUCGGGGCUUGCUGCCGCUGUCCGUCUUCUGGCCCCACUUGCCCCCCAGCCUUGGCGAUGCGGUUGGAGUGAGAGGGCAGCUCGAGAUCCGGUGUGCCCCGGGCGCAGAGCGCAGGGCCUGGCCGAGAGAAGACCGGCACCUCGGCGCCCGACCACCCUCCACUCCGCUCCCGCCGGGCACUCAGCCGCCUCGGCCUCCAACCUGCCCGGCUAA